AAAUUCAAAAUGUGUUUGGAUAAGGCCCUGAGCAAGCUGCUGGGCCUGUCUGCCUUGCUUUGCACAGCAGGUUGGACUAGAAACCUCCGAAGGUCCCUUCCCACCUUGCCUCUCUUUAGCUCCUCUGAACUCCUCUGUUCCUUCUUAGACAUCAUUAGCAGUGGGGUUGGGGACAGAAAUGCAAUUUCAUGUUUUGAAACUAGCUGUAGAUCUCCUUGAUGUGCUGAAGGCUGCUUCCUGAAGGAGGAUGGAUAUGCCCCUCCUGUGCUCUUAGGAAGAGGAUGUGCAGUGGCAUCGGCGUCCAGCCAUGGAGACAACGCAUGGGUGUCAUGUGGGAACCACCUGUUCUGCGUGAAAGAGAAGGAAUGAAUCAUCUGAUAAAGAGGAGAAACAAAACACCUGGUAGAUGGAAGCCAUGAAGAUAUCAAAGCGGUUCUUUGCUUUUGGGAUUUUGGCCUGCAUAGCUAUUUAUGUGGCAUACAUGAAAUGGCACUUGGACUCCAAACCAGCCUUAGGAGAGACAGAAGGAAUCACUGAAAGGAGAGACAAGUCGACACAUCAGGCAGUGACAUCAGAUCUCUCAGUCUUUUAUGGGAUUAUGUUUGAUGCAGGAAGCACUGGAACUCGCAUACAUAUCUUUAAAUUUAAACAGCAGCCGAAAGAGACUCCCAAGUUAACCCAUGAGACGUUUAAAGCACUGAAGCCGGGCCUGUCUGCAUAUGCUGAUGAUGUUGAAAAGAGUGGCCAGGGCAUAAAAGAGCUCCUGGAAGUAGCAAAGAAUGAAGUUCCCAUGGAGCUGUGGAAAUUCACUCCUCUGGUCCUGAAAGCAACUGCCGGCUUACGGUUGUUGCCAGGAGAGAAGGCUCAGAAGUUGCUGGAUAAGGUGAAGGAGAUUUUUCAGGCUUCCCCCUUCUUUGUGAGGGACAACUGUGUGUCCAUAAUGAAUGGAACGGAUGAAGGCAUUUCAGCCUGGAUCACAAUCAAUUUUUUAACAGGCAGCUUAAAUAACCCACAGAAGAGAAGUGUAGGAAUGCUGGAUUUGGGUGGUGGAUCAACACAGAUCACCUUCCUCCCACGCACUGAGGCAACUCUGCAGGCAUCACCAGCYGGCCAUACAACUUCCUUUCAGAUGUUCAACAGUACCUAUAAGCUGUAUUCAUACAGUUACUUGGGACUCGGACUGAUGUCAGCAAGGCUCGCAAUUUUAGGAGGAACUGAGGGAAAACCCUUAGGAGAAGGUGAGGAGCUGGUCAGCCCUUGUUUAUCACCUGAUUUCAAAUCUGAGUGGGAACAUGCUGAAAUAGUGUACAAAAUUAAAGGACAGAAGGCAGGCGAACCUUUGUAUGAGUCUUGUUCCACAAAAGUGGCAAAGAUGCUCUACCAAAAAGUGCAUAAAACCGAGGAAGUGACGAAUCAGGAGUUUUAUGCUUUCUCCUACUACUAUGACCGUGCAGCAGAGGUUGGUCUCAUAGAUAAAGAAAAGGGAGGAAGCCUAACUCUUGGUGACUUURAAACUGCAGCUAAAUAUGUGUGCAAGACCAUGGAAAUCACAGCGGGAAGUAGCCCUUUUCUCUGCAUGGACCUCACAUACAUCRCCUGGCUGCUGCAAGAACUAGGCUUUGCCAAGAGCCAGGUCUUCAAGCUUGCCCGGAAAAUUGACAACGUUGAAACCAGCUGGGCUCUGGGAGCCACUUUUCAUUACAUUGACUCACUCAAUAGACUGCAACACCUCGAAGGUGGCUUUUGAGAACCCGUUUUUGGAAGCCCAGUGCAGGGGAAUCUGGGGAGAAAAGAAUAAGCCUUGAUUGUAUGGCAUUUGCAGUCAACCUGAUGUAAACCCMCAUCAUCUUUGAAAGAAAACUAGGACUCUCUGCAGGACACUCAUGAUCUCUAUGAGAGAAAAACAAAAAGUCUUUGUGGAAUGUGCCUGUAAUAAUUGCUUGUGAUGURCUUAAGUUGGUGUAGGAAGCGGUCACGCCAGAGAGCUCUUCAACCAUCCUGAUUUCAUUUCAGGAUGUUUCUUUUUGCCAACAGUUUUCAGUGA